AUGUCUUACUACGCGAAUAACGAAUACAUCAUUGCGACUAACAACUCUAUCAACGAGAACAAGUAUAACAGUGAAAAAAUGAAAAACAGUGGCUUCAAGGCUUUACUGAAGCCUAUCAUGAAAAUGAUUAAGAAAACUAGCAAACGCGCUCCCGCCAAAACUGUCGACACGUGCUACGAGGACGAGCAAAAUUCUUGCAACGAGGCGCUGGAACGCAAAAUCUACAAUGACAUGGACGCAUGCCAAUCUGCCGCAUUCCUUGUCAGCAACCAGGACAACUCCUAUGACCUGAUGCCAAUUUCCCGAGAAGAUUUCUACAUCCCAGUGCACUUCGCCCGCACGGAUGCCGGCACCUUCUUUUGGACUGCAGUCUCCAAGCCUGAAGCUGACUUCGCGACCGCCAACUGCUACUCAGAAUGUCAAACCGCGGAGCAACAGUACCCAGUCUUCCAAGACCGCUGGGUACAAGCC